AUUUUCAAUACAAAAAUGUCUCGUUUAACUGGAUGGAAGACAAACUUAAAAUAAAGUUAUUUUAGAAGGGUUUAUGUUUAGACAAAUUAUAUUAAUUGUAAGUGGAGAAGGCUAGUGCGUCACAAUGUCUUUUAUAACGAAACGGGAGCGAGUAUUCCAUGAUUUGGAGUCGUGUGACUUACCUCCCAGAAAUGAAGGGAAGCUGAAGGCUUAUGCGUCUUGUACUGACGCAAGAGCCUGGUCACACUUUGGAUCGACAAAAACGGAACACCUAACAGAGCUGAUAAAGCGGAACAACGAUCUGACGACGCCAAUAAAGUAUGUGCCAACCAAAGUGAUUGUUGACACGCUUUUGGCGUCGAAGAACUUGGAGAUAGGCAGGCUAAAGCGCAAGAUUGAGGAGUUCGAGCAAAUGUUAGCCGCUUAUGAUGAACUGGAUCUAGAUUGUGCACAGAAAUGUGAAAUCGCAAAAGCACAUGCAGCUAUCAGAGAAGCUAAUAAGGACCUUGAUGAGUUGUGUUUGAACCUGGAUAUGUCAGCGGCUACGGAAGGUUUCGAGACCGAAUCCUUUGAGACUGGGAAGUCGAAAAGCGUUCAAUACAGCGCCAAUUGGUCUAUUAAAUCAAAAGGCGCGGAAUCUGACAGAUCGCGUGGGGAUGCUUGGACGGUCAUGCUCGACAAAGAUAUGACGACGCAAGGAAACCAGACGACGGGUCUCGCGUGCCCAUGCGACGUCAGCGUAUCUGCAGAAGACCCAAGGAUAGACGAGAUGAAAGAACAAAUCAUAUCAAAAGAUGCUAAGUUGAACGCCAUGCGUAAUUCUUUAGCGAUAAUGGAAAAUGAUAUCUGCGAGCCGUUUGGUAUCUAUGCGCACAUCUACACGGCACUAGAGAAAAUUUUUGGAGUUCUAUCCCAAAACUCUAAGUACAGACAAUAUCUUAACCUUAUGACAGCUGGCAAGGACAUUCGGUGUAUCGACAUAAAAGGGAAGAUACUGUUUAAAAUGAAGGUGCUUGAGAAGUUCUGCCUCGCGCUGGUCGCGCCGUGCUCGAAAGAUUUUCAAUGCACCAGCGCAAAAGACUGCCCUUGUUACUACGCCGACAUUACCACAAAAAUGGAACAAAGUUAUCGGUUAACGCCAACCGAUUGCAUGAGUUCAGAUUCAACAAAAAGAUCCCAACUAGUAGCGGAAAUAAUGGAACAUGAAGAAAUGAAAGAAAUACUAAGCAAAGAAAGCACACCUGAUCAGAACGAUGAUUCUGAUAGUGACCUCGACAGACAGGUGUGCGACACAGCUUCUAUUAUUAAUGAAGAGAACCAAAAACGUAUUAAAGACCUUCAGGAGUGCUAUGAAGAUUUGUUGAAUUGUUACGAAAAUUUAAAACAUGAAACUGAAUGUAUACGAGUACGAUGUGCAAAGUAUGAGGAUCUGGAGUUGGAACUGGAACGUUUACGAGGUCAAUUAAAGGAAUAUAACUCACUAUGGAAUGAGAAAGAACAUUACCGGAAACGAUCUGAAGAUUUAGAUAGCUUAAAACAACAAUACAUAGUGCUUGCAGAAGAAUCAUCUGGGUUAGAAACGAAAUUAAAGGCAGAGGCCGAAAUAAAUCAUAUUAAAGCUGACGCGAUAGAAGAACUGAGAACCCAAAACAUGUCUCUCGAAAAAAGAUUAAAUGAUUUAUAUGUUGCAUUCGAAAAAGAUAAAAAUAGCUUACAUUGCCAACUACAGGAAUCAGAAUGUAAAUGUAUGUGCCAAGAACAGCAGAUCAAAACUUUAAAUUCACAAAUAGCGAAACUUAUUGAACAACAGCCUGAAAAUAUCCCUCGUGAAGAUUCUUCACUUUCUAAAGAAAACGAGUUAUUAAAAGAGCAACUAAAACAGUAUCAGGAUAUAGAAUACGAAUUUCAGGAUAAAAUGUCUCACAUCAACGACUUGGAAACAGAAAUUAUUAAGUGGAGAGCUGCGUACGAAGAGUUGUUUAAACAAAAUCAGCAAUAUGAAGAAUUCAUCGAUAGUUUUCAAAAGGACAAGGAAUUACUUAUGCAGGAAAACAGCGCAUUACGACAAGAAAUUAAGGACAAGUCCGAUGCGGUGGAUAACCUUAUGGGCGUGAUUAAAAUAAAGUCUUUAGAAAUACACAAAUUGACAGAUGAAAAUCAAAAUGUCUCUAGUAAACUUGAAUUAUUGGGUGAGAAAUAUAAAGAACAGGUAAACCUCUCACGGCAAGAGAGCCAGGAAUUACUGAGCAGGGUUAAAGACUACGAUGAAUUUGUUCAAAAACAAGAAGAACUAUCGAAUGAUAUAGAAGAGAAAAUGCGUGAAUAUGAAACAUUAAAAAAACUUUUAAAAGCAAAAUUAGAAGAAAACGAAAAGCUGAAAAAUGACUUAAAUCACCUGCAAAAUGAAGAUACCUGUAAUAAAAAAUCCCUAGAAAUUUCAAAAAGAGAAAGCUCUUUAAUGCAGACAAAAUUAUCGGAACUAGAAGAUAUUUCUCAACAAUUUAUGGAUUUAAAACUUGCAUUUGAACAAUUGACUAAAGAGAAAAAUGGACUGGAAAAAGAAUUACAAAAAAAAGCUUCUCAACUUGAAAGUGCAAUUUAUUCUAUAAAACUGAAUAAAAAAGAAAGUGGUGAACUUUUAAGGCAAUCUGAAUCUAUCCAAGGGGAGUUAAUAAAACUACAUUCGAACAACGAUUUAUUGAAACUGCAAGUAAAUCAACUGCAAGAUGAAAAUAAGGAAUUGAAAAUGGAAUCUGCCAGACUAUCUAAUCUUGAACAUGAAUUAUUAGAUUUGAAAAAAGCCAUAGCUGAAUUACUGAGAGAAAAGGCAGAGCUAGAGCACAGUUUUAAAAUUAAAGAACAAGAACUUAACCAUAUGCAUAAUAUUUUGGACCGUAAAAUAGAGGAAAAUAAAUCGUUAAUGGAAGAGCUCGACACUUUAAAAUCCCAUCACUUAGUAGCAACUAAUAACAUUAAAUCAUUAGAAAAUGAAAAUGAACUACAUCAAACUGAACUGGAUAGAUACAGGAGAGAAAGUUCAGUAUUAAUUGAGAAACUGCAGUUUCACGACAAACUAGAAAGUGAACUUCAAGACUUGAAAACUGAUCAUGACGCGAUAAAAUUAGAGAAAGAAAGAUUACAAAAAGAAUUAGAUGCUCAGUUGUCAGAUUUCCGAAAAAUUCAAGAAGAAAAGAGGGAGCUGCAAACCCGAACUGAAGAACUUUUGGCCCACAAUAAUGAUUUGGAGACGGUGAUAAUCAAUACACGGAACGAGCUCAUGCAAUCGAGUCCUUCAGAAUAUAAACCUCUAGUUGAAAUAUCUAAAGAAAUCCAAAAAAUGAGAAUUGAAAAGAGUGAAGCUCAGAAGGAGAUAAGGGAGUUGCUGCACAAAUUAGAUGAAUCGGAACAAUUAAUUUCAAAUUUUGAAGACGAAAUGAACGAGAGGGAUCACAAGAUAGCCACUAUGCAGAAUCAUAUCAACUCUAUGCAAGCCGAAAUACAGAAGCUGCAAUAUCUUCUGGAGCAAGCCCUUGAUGCUGGCAACGACAUCAAGAAUACAAAUGUUAGCAUGGAGCAAGCACGGAAGCAGAUAGAAGCACAUCACUCUAAAGCAUCGCACAAUUUGAAAUUGGAAUUAGCCGUCCUUCAACAAAGUAAAUCAAAAUUAGAAGACCAAUUAUCUAUAACAAAGUCACAGUAUGAACUAUCAUCCAAAAAUAAGCAAAACUAUUUAUCCCAAAUUGAAGACUUGAAGAAUGAUCGAGAAAUAAUAGUUACUGACAUAAAACAACUUGAACUAUUUAGUGUUGGUGACAGUGAAUUAUAUCCAGAUAAUUGUGAGAUAGAACUCAUCUUGCAUUCAAUUGACAGAAUCAGAAGGGCUUUCGAUGCAAGACAAGCAAAAACCAUCUCUUUAGAACACACUUUAGCGAAAGUACAAGCUUCUUCGCAGUUGAUAUUGAACAAAGCUGACGAAGCUAAAACAUACUUCGAAAAUGAGAAGCAAAAGAUACUUACUGAAAAAGACGAGGUAUUGAAUGAAAAAAAUUGUCUUGAAAAGCAAUUAAUUGACUUGAAAAAUGAAUUAAAUAAACAAAUAUCUCAUGAUGGGGACAUUAUUAAAGAUUUACGUGCUGAAAUAUCGAACCAACAACUCAUUUUUGAUAAAAUUCACGAGUCCACUGAAAAAUACAUAACGACUCUACAAGACGAGAUUCAGUCUCUUAAAGAUUUGUAUCAGGAAGCUCAUGCUAACAUACGUGAAUUAAAAGAGACAAUCAGCAAAAAUACAGCAGAGAAUGAUGAAAAGGACGUCAUUAUACAAAAUCUUACCGCGGAUUUAGAAAGAAAAGCUCAGGAGAUGUCUGAAUUAAAAUUAAAAUAUGAUGAUUUGGUUAAAUACUGGACCGCUAAAUCCAAUAGAAGUGUUUCAUCGCAGACAGAUAUUGAUGACACAUACUUUGACUUUAAUAGUUCUACAACAAAAAGUUUUGACCAAGUGGCUCAAUAUGAUCUAAGUAAAAUAAAUAAACCUGGACACAGGGAUUCUAUCAAACCGAUGUAUGAUCUUUUACCGCAACAGAAACCACCAUUAGUUAAUGAGGUACAAAUUUUAGCUGCUGAAACCACGCCCACGUUUGAUUUUGUCAGGAGCAGUUAUUUAGACUAUAAGAUGAAACGACUUGGUCCAGGAUUAUUAGAACAUCACUCCAUACCUUCUCGUACAGAAAGUAUUUCUUCAUACGUUAAUGAUAAUUUCACUGAGUCUAAUGCUUCCUAUAAUACACGCGACGUGGACACUCGCACGAGUAAUGAAGGUUUGGUAGAUAUAUAUCACAGUCCGUCGGACGCUAUAAAAACUUCAUCUAAAAUGAUUGGUAUUCAAGAACCAAGUUCUUUUAAAGCUCACAAACAAACAGGCCCGAAUUUUUAUCCAAACAUGAAAAGUAAUAUUAACAAUAGUGAGGUAGUUAAACCAACUGAUUACAGUGAAAUCAAAACAACAGGGACAUCUCAAAAAGAAAAUAUCUUCGAAAUUGCUGGAAAGAGAACGGACAAUAGCGAAAGAAAGCAUUUAAAAUCAAAUGUUCAAUUCGGCAGUACUAACACUCCGCCAGAUUCGAAUAAAAAAGAAAAUGACAAAACCAAGUUAAAACUAAACAUAAAUGUACCUCGUGUAGGAGUUGAGAGCAAUUCCUUCAUAAAUAAUAAAGACAAUGAUAAUAAUUCUAUGAAUUCUUAUACUCCUGAUACUCAUAGUCAUCCAAUACAGGAACUCUUAUCCGAUUCAACAGUGCAGAUUGCAUCUUACAGUGAACAAGAUUCUAAAUCAGGGACAAUAUCACAGCCAACGAUUUCACACGCUGAUGACCUAUACAUGAGGUCACGUAGUUUUAUAGAAUUACCUUCCAAAGAUUCCUCGUCAAAUAAAUCCAGCAGUCCCUCAGAUAGUAGAAUAUCUGCUGAUAAAACAAGUGGUAGUCUAGGCCAAUAUAUUGUUUACGAAGACCAGAAGGUAAGAGUAACAAAGCCACAACAAAUUUUCACGUUUGUGGAACAAUUACAAAAAUCCGGGUUUAAAAGUGAUAAAUCACCGAUUCAGUCAACAACUGACAAAAUUUUAAAGGAAAAAGUUGGUAAUUUUGAUAAAUCUGACAAUAAUUUAUUAAUACCAAAGCCUGGAGCCGAAGCUAAGAAAUCAUCACAGAAAAAAGUUUUACAUAAUGAUCCAUUUGAACCUAUGGUAUCUCAUGAAACUAGCAAAAAAUAUUUGCCAACUGAAGAAAAACGGAAAGUCCAUAGCAGAACACCACAGAAAAAAAUUUUACAAGGUGAAAAUAAUGAGCCACAUCUAAUGGGCCGCGUAGAAUCUGAUAAAGAAACCAAAAUAAAGACUAGCAACUCUGACGAUAGCAUUGGAUACUUAGAAGGAAAUAAAAACGAAAGCAAUAAAUCUCACCACGAUGCAAUGGCACGUUUAGAAGCCGAAGUUUUCCUUAAAAUUUCUAAAAGUAGUUCUAAUUUGUAUGACGAUGACAAUAAUGAUAACAGUGCACAUGAGAGGCGAAGUGAUUUUGCACUUACGUAUAUUAUGAGUUCAUUGAAGUCUGAUCCUGCAGAAGAUUCACAUGAUUACUUAAUGUCAACAUACAGAGACGAAAAAUAUGCCAAGAUUCAGCCGCGAGAAGUGCUUACUAACAUCGACAGUUUUGACGAAACUCAAAAAAGGCGUCCAAAAUCUGUAGACCAAAGCGUGAUGGCAAACUUGGAUACAAAUAAUAAAUGUUAUGAGGAAGUAAUAGCCAGUCUAAGGAAAUCUGUAGAAAACGCAGAGAAAGAUCACAAAAAGCAAAUCGAAGCAAUAAAAAUUCAGUACGAUAGGAACAUAAGAAAUAUAAUUAACGAGCACAAUCAAGGUGUUAUGAAUAUACAGAGUAUUCACGAAGAAACGUUGCGCGAUGUUAUGAGGGCUCAUGAAAACGAAGUAGAAAAUUUAAGAACAAUGAGCAUAGACGCAAUGCGAAAAGCUGAAAAGCUUCAAAAAGAAUGUAUGUCACUUAAAUCAAAAAUUAGCCUCAAUAGCUCCGCAUUGCUUGAUGAGAUACCAACUAAAUGCGAAGGCGGUCUUGAGGUCACAAAGGCCAGGACAAAACAGCCUGACAGGGUGCUUACCAAGACCGCCCUUGAAGCGUUCGACGUGAAGCCCAGAAUGCGCUCAAUAGGCCCUUGCACCUGUUCGUUGGACAUCAACAUUUCUGACACGAUCCGGAACAUAUUCGAACAAGUCGACGCUGAGCAGAGGAAACUGGCUGAGACUACUUACUUGAAAUAUAUUGCUACGAAGAUCACAAAUGGACAUAUAGAGGCUCUGGAUACUCAAGAGUUGUCGUUCCUGCAUCUCAAAGUGUGUCGUAUUUGGAAGCAAAAGCUAAACAAGGAGGAAGCACUUCAGAAGAAACUUGAUUCUUUGGAAGUUGAGUUAAUUAAGAGACAGAAAUUAACGCAACAAAAUAUAGUGGACCUAGAUCGUAAAGUGGCCCAAGAGAAGCGGCGGCUCGAAGAAGUGAGAGAAGCGGUAUGCAGAAGCACGCCAGCUAAUUUGUCCGAGACGAAACCACUGCCGGUACGAGAGACUCCGGACAACAAAUGCAGCUGUCCCUGCAACCCCGAGCACGUGGCGGUGUCGGAGCGGCGUUCGGCUGGAGACCUCAUGGCUGCGGCUACCGGGUCAGUUCGGACAAGGAGGAAGGAGCAUAAGGGAGCAGUACCAAAGACGGAGGCCGAGGAGCGACGAGACCGGAGACUGUACACGGACGAGCCUCCUACUCGGCUGCGGCGUCAGCACGACCGGCCGCCGCGACUGACGAAGAAGUAAAACAUACCUUGACAUACCCUUGCCUUGCUAGCGGGAAAGAUUUCACCUAGAGAAAUUGUUGUUCUAAAAUUAAAAUGUUCUGGAAAAGCCGGUAUGUAUAUACCGCUGAGCCACACGCACACACUCCUUACUUUUGUAGUAUUAAGUAGGACCUAUUGUGUGGUGGUACACCAGUUCUGUCACAAAAAGUCAAAAGUAAAAUACGUCCGGUUCGGUUCGGUGGAACGCUACAACGCGAUUGAUUUCAUAAAAUUAUGUGUUUUUCCUGUUUUAAUUUUCAUAAAAACUUUUUACGGGUACCACAUUUUACUGUUUUUUAUGGUUUCUUUAUAUAUUGUAAAUGCUGGUGUACCGUAUUAGCAGCAAAAUUAUUUUAAUAUCAAUUAAUUUUUAGUAAAAGCUCCAAAAUAUUGGAAAAAACAAAAUGAAAUUAAAUAAUGGCACUAAUAUUUUAAAAUUAUUAUUUUCAUAUUUUUAUUUAAGCCUCUUUUGCGCUAGUAUGGCAGUAACUAUUUGUACUUACUUUUACACUUUUGUUAUCUCCUUGGAAAAUAUUGCAACCUCGAGUUAACUUAUAAUUAUUAUAAGCGUAAAAAAAUUGAUAUUUGAGGCCUCGGGUAAUUAAGGAGUGGACAGUGAAAGUGUUAAAGAAUCAGUGUUUGCAGACAUUUGGCAACGAAUCAGAGACUAAGGAUAAUUGUAUCUAAAUCUAUUUAUUAUCAUUACUCUUAUAAAAAAUUCGCAAAAUUUUAAAAUACUGUAACAACACAAUAAUGGCUGAAGGCGGUGUGAUAUAUUUUACAAAAUUAGAUAUUUUAUACUUGGUUUUAUUUGUAUAUUUUUAUAGUGGUGUGUUCUAUUUAUUGCGAACUGUGUAAUUAAGCAAGAAAUUUUAAAAGUAAAAAGAAUGCCUUUAAAAGCCA